UACACAGCAGACGCAUCAAGAUGAGUUUAGAAAAUGACGAUAAGAGAGCGCGCACACGGUCGAAAUCUAUCCGAGGUGAGCAGCUUGUCAUUCGUCUUCAGGCCCAGCAUCUCAUUCUUCCAAGCCACGACCACGGCUCCCCUUCUCCUGCCGCCGCCCGUUCCUGGCCCUGCCCAACCCCAGGCUGCAAUGGCUCAGGACAUAUCCGGGGAAAGUAUGCAAGGCACAGAAGUUUACAAAGCUGCCCUCUAGCAAAGAAGAGGAAACUUCAGGAUGCCGAGGCCGAGCACUUGGUGUCCAAGAGGAAAUCUCAUCCCCUCAAACUGGCCCUCGACGAAGGCUACAAUGUCGACAGCGAUGGGAGCGAGGAGACGGAGGUGAAGGAAGAGUCUGGCACCGAUGAAUCAGAGGGGACUUUGGAGGAGGAAGAGGCAGAGACAACCGAACAGGAGGAGACCCAUAGCCCUGAGCCAGCAGAAGCAAAAAGCCCAGCAAAAUCAUCUCACUAUGGACAAAAUGCAGCUCCCAGUACAUCUGGCCCCAGCAAGGCCAACUACAGCAGCUAUCAAGAAAUAAUUGCCAACUCUCUCCUAAACCUAGGCCAAAUAGCAGAAGAAACCCUUGCAAUAGAAGGACAGCUGCCUGAACGGGACCUGCAGGUCUCCAAGCCUCCUGGGAAUGUAGUUCACCUGGUCCGCGAAGGAGCAGGAGAGGAGGUGAUGGAAGAGGAGUGUGACAAGGACAUUAUCAUCCAGACGGAGGAUGCGGAGGAGGUCAUCGAGGUCACCAGCGAACGCAGCAGUGAGUUGUGCUCCGAGCAUCGGGACGACGGCAACUGUGAGGAGUCCUGCCCGUUGCAAAAGGCCAUGCAAGCAGAAGCAGAAGAGGAUGACGAUGAAGAGGAGGACGAUGACGACGAUGAGGAGGAAGAGGAUGAGGAUGAGGAGGAUGAGGACGAGGAAGAGGAAGAGGAGGAGGAGAUGGCGCCUGAAGUGAUCUGCGAAGAAAUGCCUCACACUUCUCAGGACUCCCAGAAAACCCACUGUGAAGGGCGGCUGAGCCCGAAGCCUGAGUACUCGGUCAUCGUGGAGGUCAGGUCAGACGAUGACAAAGACGACGAUGCGCGCUCCCAGAAAUCAGCGGUGACCGACGAGUCCGAAAUGUAUGACAUGAUGACCAGAGGGAACCUGGGGCUGCUGGAACAGGCCAUCGCACUGAAGGCCGAGCAGGUGAAGAUCGUGAGGGAGCCCAGCCGCUUGCCAGGAGAGCACGUGAAGCACUUCCAGGUGGAUGAGAAACAAAGCAAAUCUAUGGAUGCCAUCCGAAAAAACUACUAUGGCAAAGACCCCUCGAGACCUGAGAAACGAGAGAUCAAAUGUCCAACUCCGGGUUGUGAUGGCACCGGUCACGUCACAGGACUCUACCCUCACCAUCGCAGCCUGUCCGGUUGCCCACACAAAGACAGGAUCCCUCCAGAAAUCUUGGCUAUGCACGAGAAUGUGUUAAAAUGCCCAACACCAGGCUGCACAGGACAGGGUCACGUGAACAGCAAUCGCAACACACACAGAAGUUUAUCCGGUUGCCCUAUUGCCGCUGCUGAAAAAUUAGCCAAAUCUCAUGAAAAGCAACAAACGCAGUCUGGAGACCCCUCUAAAAACAGCUCCAAUUCUGACCGGAUACUCAGGCCUAUGUGCUUUGUGAAGCAGCUGGAGAUUCCUCAGUAUGGGAGCUACCGGCCCAACAUGGUUCCAGCCACCCCUCGAGCCAACCUGGCCAAGGAGCUGGAGAAGUACUCCAAGGUCACCUUCGAUUAUGCAAGUUUUGAUGCUCAGGUUUUUGGCAAACGCAUGCUUGCCCCAAAGAUACAGACUAGCGAAACCUCACCUAAAGCCUUUAAAUGCUUCGACUACUCCCACGACGCCGAAGCCGCGCAUAUGGCCGCCACUGCCAUCCUAAAUCUCUCCACUCGCUGCUGGGAAAUGCCAGAAAACCUCAGUACCAAGCAGCAGGAUGCCCCCAGCAAGUCUAUGGACAUUGAGGUGGAUGAGAACGGGACUCUGGACUUGAGCAUGAACAAGCACCGCAAGCGGGAGAGCACCUUUCCCAGCAGCAGCAGCUGCAGCAGCAGUCCCAGCGUGAAGUCCCCAGAUGUGUCCCAACGCCAAAACAGCACCAGUGCCACAAGCAGCACCAUGACUUCCCCGCAGUCCAGCCAGACCUCCCGUCAGGAUGAAUGGGAUGGCCCCAUCGACUACACGAAACCAAAUCGUCAGCGAGAGGAGGAGCCGGAAGAGUCAGAGCCUGCACCCAACUCUUUCGCCUCCUCUGAAGCAGAUGAGCAAGAGGUGUCGGAGGAGAACUUUGAGGAACGGAAAUACCCCGGGGAAGUCACCUUGUCCAACUUCAAGCUUAAAUUCCUCUCCAAGGACAUCAAGAAGGAGCUGCUAACUUGCCCUACCCCAGGCUGUGAUGGCAGCGGACACAUCACGGGAAACUAUGCCUCUCACCGCAGCCUUUCUGGUUGUCCUCUUGCUGACAAGAGCCUCAGAAACCUCAUGGCUGCCCACUCUGCUGAUCUCAAGUGCCCAACUCCUGGUUGUGAUGGCUCUGGUCACAUAACAGGAAAUUAUGCAUCGCAUCGGAGCCUGUCAGGCUGCCCUCGUGCCAAGAAAAGUGGAAUCAAGAUAACCCCCACGAAAGACGAUAAAGAAGACCCGGAGCUCAUGAAGUGUCCAGUUCCAGGUUGUGUCGGGCUGGGACACAUCAGCGGCAAAUAUGCUUCGCACCGCAGUGCGUCGGGAUGCCCACUCGCAGCCCGCAGGCAGAAGGAAGGAUCUCUCAAUGGUUCGUCGUUCUCCUGGAAAUCACUGAAGAAUGAGGGGCCUACUUGUCCAACCCCGGGCUGCGACGGCUCGGGCCAUGCCAAUGGAAGCUUCCUCACUCACAGAAGUUUGUCAGGGUGUCCAAGAGCUACUUUUGCUGGGAAGAAAGGAAAACUCUCAGGGGAUGAAAUUCUCAACACUAAAUUCAAGACCAGCGAUGUUCUAGAGAACGAUGAAGAAAUUAAGCAGUUGAACAAGGAGAUCAGCGAACUGAACGAGUCCAACUCUGAGAUGGAAGCAGCCAUGGUGAAACUGCAGUCGCAGAUAUCCACCAUGGAGAAAAACCUCAAGAACAUAGAGGAGGAAAACAAAAUCAUCGAGGAACAAAACGAAGCCCUGUUCUUGGAGCUCUCAGGGUUGAGCCAGGCUCUCAUCCAAAGUCUUGCCAAUAUUCGCCUUCCACACAUGGAGCCAAUCAGCGAACAGAACUUUGACGCAUACGUUAAUACCCUUACUGACAUGUAUACCAAUCAGGAGUGCUACCAGAACCCUGAGAACAAGGACCUGCUAGAAAGCAUUAAGCAGGCUGUCAAGGGCAUCCAGGUUUAAUGCCAUGGGACAAAAUACACACACCUACACCCGCACACACAUGCAUACACACACAGACACGCACGCACGCA